GCUACACGUGCUUUGAAUAACUUAGUUUAGCUUUAUACCAUCUAACAUACUCCUACCCCUUCCUUGUAAUAUAAAUCUUCUUCUUUGUAGCUGUUAGCCCUCUUCAUCUCUUUUAUUUUUAGGCCCCUCAGAACUGCAAUUUCAUUUCCCGUUUCCCAUUGAUAAAGCAAAUGAGUGAGGAAGGAAAACAGGAACAACCACCUAAGGGUGAGUCUAAGCCAAAGGAAAAGCCAGCAGAGGAGAAGAAAGAAGAGAAGCAAGAGGCGAAACCACCAUCUCCAUGUGUAUUGUUUGUGGACUUGCAUUGUAUGGGAUGUGUCAAGAAGAUUGAGAGAUACGUUAUGAAAAUGAAAGGUGUUGAGGGAGUGGUGAUUGAUAUGGCUAAAAAUGAAGUGACCAUAAAGGGAAUAGUGGAGCCUCAAGCAAUUUGCAACAUAAUUACUAAGAAAGCAAAGAGAAGAGCCAAUGUUAUAUCUCCAUUGCCUCUAGCAGAAGGAGAGGCAGCACCAGAAGUUGUUACUUCUCAGGUUAGUGCUCCAGUUUCUGUGGAACUUAAUGUGAACAUGCACUGUGAGGCCUGUGCUGAGCAACUCAAGAAAAAGAUACUCAAAAUGAAAGGAGUUCAAGCGGCAGUGACAGAAUUUAGUACUGGGAAGAUUACAGUGACUGGGACAAUGGACGCGAACAAGCUAGUGGAUUAUGUCUAUAGAUGCACCAAGAAGCAAGCCAAGAUAGUUCCCCAGCCAGAACCUGAACCAGAGAAGAAGAAAGAAGAAAGUAAAGAAGCCGCGAAACCCGUAGAAGAAGAGGCUAAAUUUGAAGAAGAGAAGCCAGCAGCAGAGGAAGCCAAGAAAGAAGAGAAUGGUUGUGAAGACGAGAAUAAUAAUAGUGAUAAUAAAGAAGCAGAAAAGGGUGGUGGUGGUGGUGGUAAUGAAGUGCAAGAAGAAGAAGAAGAAUCCAAGAAAGGAGAUGAGAUUAUUGACGUUGAUGAGGAAGAAGGUAUGAAGAAGAUGAUGCACUAUUAUCAGCCAUUUUAUGUCAUUGAACGGAUUCCACCCCCUCAACUCUUCAGUGAUGAGAACCCAAAUGCAUGCUGCAUUUCAUAAACAAGAGAGCAAUAUAUACACACACAUAGUAUAAUUGGUUCAAACUUCAAACUCAUCUUUGUAAGUACUAAGUACCACUCAUAUGUACGAAGAAUUUUAGUGUUUGAGUUGCUUGAUGGAAGGUGUCAAAUAGA